AUGACAAGUACUUGGAGAAUUGCGACUCACUUCAUCAAUAUUCUUAUCUUUACUAUCACUGGCAUUAUCCUCGCUGGAUUAUUCAUCGGUACUGCUACCGACAUUUCUGCGAAAGACUUCGGAUUCUCCGUUGUUUUGUAUAUUAUGAUCCAUGUAGGACGCCUUGUAACAGUUAUAGUAUUAUAUCCAUUAAUGAAGUGUUCAGGCGUUCAUUUAUCAUGGAAUGGUUUACGUGGUAGCAUGUCGCUUAUCUUAGUAUUAAUUGCCAGUCUUGAUACAGAAAUCGAAACAAUCACACGUCAUCGUUUUCUAUUUCAUAUCUCAAUGCUUGUCUUACUAACUUUGAUUAUUAAUGGAAAUCGGUCGAACAAGCUAUGGGCGGACGGAUUAUUCUUCGAUCAUAUUUUCCAAACGAUCGAAUUGACUUUGAGUUUUCAUUCUACUAAAACUCGACUUGAUAAUAUUGGUUUACAAUUCCCCGAACUGGGUAAUUUGAACGAACGAAUCAUGGAUGAAAUCUGUGAUGAAGCCAAGACGUAUCAAAUCAAUGCCAUGUAUAUUCUCUUGGACUUGAAACAAUCCUAUCGAUUAUGUUGGAUUGUUCAAAUGACACGGCGAUGUGCUUAA